AUGACGAAUUUCAACAUUGACAUCGUCAGUGACACUGUGUGCCCUUGGUGCUAUGUUGGAAAAAAGCGACUAGAAAAGGGCAUCGCAGCCUACAAGGCCAAACAUCCCGAUUCAAAUGACACAUUUUCGACCAAUUGGUUCCCGUACUACCUGCAGCCGGAUGCAGGCAACAGCGUCAACAAACAAGCAAUGUACGAGUCAAAAUUCGGCAAGGAGCGUACAGCCGUGAUGCAACAACGGCUAUCCGAAAUCGGCAAAGAAGAGGGCAUCCACUUCAAGUUCGGUGGUAACACUGGCAACACGCGAGACUCGCACCGGCUGAUUCAGCUUGGAAAGACCAAAAGCCCCCAGGUACAGACGCGUGUCAUUGGAGAGCUCUUCGCUGCCUACUUUGAGAAUGAAAAGGACAUUACGAGUCGUGAAGUACUGACUGAGGCCGGUGUCAGGGCUGGACUGACAGACGAAGAGAUCAAGGACUGGUUGGAAAGCGGGAAGGGUGGUCCUGAGGUGGACCAGCAAGUGCAGCGAGCACAGCGACAAGGUGUUUCUGGUGUGCCCAACUAUACCAUCAAUGGCAAAUUCCAGGUUGGCGGAGCUCAGGAUUCGGAUACUUUUGCACAGCUCUUCGAGCGUAUCAAGCAGCAGGAGGGCAGUCUCUAG